GGUUUGGAUGAUCCUCUUUUGCUAGAUGAGGCUCUCACCUUCAGCGAAUUCUUCGGCCAAUUUCGAAGGGUGUGCAUAGCUGCCACGGAGGAGUGUCCAUUGCAUCGCGAUACCUCCUGGGAGGGAUCUAUGGCUCGUGGCUCCCUCGACGAGACCCUUCACAUCUGCAAUGAAAGUGGUCAAACCGCAGAUGAUAGUAGAGAGGCUGACAGUGGUGUUGGAAACCGACUCACCUUUCCAUUGGAUCACGUUGUCGACCCCUCACAUGAGGAUGUUCCAACGUUCAGCUGUCUUAACAUUUGGCUCCAAUUUUUCGUCAUCCACACAGCUAUUCUUGCCUUUGGGAUUCCACCGAAGACUUGGAGAGGUGAAGUCCAAGCUCAUCCAGUUCAACUGCUGCCUGAUUCGGUAAUUGUAUUUGAGUAG